AUGCGCGCGCACAAACUGCUCUCGUCGCAACAACAGCGCACUUUAUUACGACUAAAACCCCAAAGAAGCGAGAACAAACGACGUUCUAGAGCAUCGAACGAGCGAUGUUACGCUUCUUCUAAUAAGAAGAAGCUAAAGGUUGUCGUCUUUUCCACGUCUGAUUACGAGCGAGAGAUUUUGGAAAAGCAACUGAAUUCACAUUUCCACGUGACUUUUCUCAAACCUAGAUUAACAAUAGAAACGGUCGAUUUAGCUCACGGGUACGACGCGAUGUGUUGCUUCGUGAACGACGAUUUAUCCACGGACGUUAUAGAAAGAUUGAGUGAGAAGUGUGGGGUAAAAAUGAUCGCGUUAAGAUGCGCUGGCUUCGAUAAAGUAGACGUGGAAAGUUGUAAAAAAUUCGGCGUGCUCGUGUACCGGGUGCCGAUGUACGAUCCGCUCUCAAUAGCAGAACACGCCAUGGCGUUGAUCUUAGCGUUGAAUAGGAAACUCAUGAUCUCGCAUUCGCGCGUCAAGUCUGGGAAUUUCACUUUAGAUGGGUUGGUUGGGUUCUCGAUGCGAGGCAAAACGCUCGGCGUCGUAGGAACGGGAAAAAUCGGACGAGGCUUGGCGAAUAUUUGCGCCAACGGGUUUGGCAUGAGCGUUUUAGGCUACGACUUGAAACAAAAGCGAGAGUUUGUCGGUCAAUAUUGCGACGACGUCGAAACCGUGUUAAAGAAUAGCGACAUCAUCAGUCUCCAUUUACCGCUCAACGAGCACACGAAACACUUCAUCGCGGAGAAGGAAAUCGAUUCGAUGAAGAGAGGCGCCAUGCUCAUCAACACCUCUCGUGGAGGCCUUCUGAACAUCAAAGACGUCAUCUGCGGACUUCGUCUCGGGAAGCUCGGCAGUUUAGGCAUAGACGUUUACGAAUCCGAGGAGAAGAUUUUCUUCAAAGACUUUUCCAACUUAACCGUCGAAGAAAAAAUGUUAUAUUGGGACGAUACCAUGGCGCAGCUCUCGUCUUUGCCUCAAGUGUUAGUGACGCCGCAUCAAGCGUUUUUAACGCACGAAGCGCUGACGGAGAUUGCUGAAUGCACGAAACAAAACAUUCUGGAAUUUGCAGAAGAAUUAGACGACGCGGAAAACGACGACGCUUCCAGAGAGGAUGUUUCGAAUACCACGAGAGUUUGUUAG